GCGAGCGGACCUCAAUUGCGUACUGCUGCUGCUGCGUAUUGUGCGAGAAGUUGCUGCUGGAGAAAAUGUACGCCUUGCCAACGCGAAGAGAGUCCCCGUCCAUUCGACGGUAUUGCCGCAGUGGAGAGGUUUGAUACGAAAGUUGGACUCUUUGGCUCAAUACUUUUCCAAGUGAAAUGACAUCUUGUGGGCGAAUAACGCAAGAAACUCCCGCACAGUGCGUUUCGUGAAUUGCAGCAAUUGUUACACACCCGUCUGCGUUUCUCGCGCUCUCUCUCUCUCUGUCUCGCUGUUUCUCUCACCCUUUUUCUGGCGAUUUCAGCAACGGAGCAGCCAAAACUGCGGAACACAGUGCUGCGGUUUGUGAACGGGUGCAUAAAAUAGUUUCCAAGUAAAGUGAAGGGUCGCGGCCAUCGCAGACCUUCGCGAGUGCGACGGAAGAUGGUUUAUUAAAUUGAUAGAUUCUUUGAUUAGUUUCGCGGGCAGACAAUGAACGAACGUAUCUCGAAAGUCGCGUGUGGAGAAGGGGUACUCUAGGGCGUAGGAAGCAGUCAAAUAACCAACAUACACACCACUACGGCUACCCUGCAGUGUCAUGUACGUGUUAAUUAAGGCCCGUAUCGCAAAGAUAAUCGAAUAACGAAAUUGUGCUGCCGCUGUGGCACUGUGUCCGGGGCUGUCUGGACAUUGCUCACAGAACGGGAAAAAGAAGCUCUUUUGCUCAGUACAAACUGUGAACAGUGAUUGGUUUGCAUUUUGUGCUGCAAACCAAAAGAGAAAUGGAGUAAAAACGCCAAGGAAUCGCCUGUCAGACGGAAUUAAAGAUGGUGUAACACUGGAACAACUUCGUCUCACUGCAUUUAACGGGUGAAAAACGAGAUUGUUGCAACCAAAACUAGGUUUGAUAUUGAUAAGCCUGCAAUUUUCUAAAAAAGCGCAUACACACAUAUACACACACGGCAGAGCUGGUGAAACGGGUAGGCAAAAAAAAAGAAGGCCCAACCAUGCCCCCACUAAACAACUACAAUGGCAACAACUGUGGAGACAUCAUAUGCUCCCUCUCGACGCAGUCACCACUUUCCCCGACGGAUCUGUCGCAGGCAGUCGGUGGAGCGGCAGGUGGUACUGCCAGCAGCAACGGGGGCAAGCCGCGAUUCAGCUGCCCACAUUACGCACAAAAGAUGCUGCUUAAUUUGAACGCGCUGCGGCUAGAUUCACGCUUCUGUGACGUUGAGAUCAAGGUUGGCGAUGCUACGUCCGUCCACGCCCAUCGGGCCGUGCUGAGUGCCAGUUCCGCCUACUUCGAGGCCAUGUUCCGACCCGAGCUGGGGCUGAGCGAGGGCAAACAGAAGACUGUCACGCUCCACUCGAUUCGGGCCGACAUUUUAGAGCUGUUGGUCGAGUUCAUCUACACCGGCCAGAUCGAAAUCGAACAGAGCAAUGUGCAGGAGCUGCUGGCUGCUGCCGACAUGCUGCAGGUACCAGAGGUAGUGGACGGCUGCUGCGAGUAUCUGUGCCGGGAGCUACACUCAUCGAAUGCGCUUGGCAUACUGCGUUUCGCCGAAGCGCACAACUGCCGCCAGCUUGCCGAGGUGGCGGCCAACUUUGUCCACAGCAACUUUCCGAAGGUCGCCCUCGAGGACGAACUGCUCGACAUUCCGCACACGCUGCUGGUGAAGGUGAUCGCCUCCGAGGCGCUGCGGGUCGACAGCGAGUAUCAGGUGUUUAAUGCCGCCCUGCGCUGGAUCCGACACGAUGUGGUGCCGCGCCGCCAGUACGUGUUUGAAAUUUUGUCCCACGUGCGCAUCGCUCUAGUGCCGGUUGGGCUGAUCGAUCAGGCCAUCGCCGAGUGUCGGGAUGUGUCGCUCAAGAUUGCGCUCCGCUCGGUGCGUAAGGAUCUGACCUCGCGCCGCGGUCAGCUCGUGCCGUUGCGCGUGUGCCCGCGAAUUUGUGCAAAGAAGAGCAUCUACGUGAUUGGCGGAUCGCGCCGGGAACGGUCGACCGGAUGGACGCCAACGGAUUGGAUCUUUGAGUCCGUCAUCAAGUACGACAUCUUUCGGCACGAGUGGAUAGAAUCGGCCCCGAUGGAGAUCGGCCGCAUCCUGCCCGGCGUGGCCGCACUCGGUGGCAAGAUUUACGUGAUCGGUGGCGAGCGCGGCAGCCAGAUCCUGGCGAACGGGGAGGUGUACGACACACAGAACAACAACUGGGAACCGAUGGCACCGAUGAAUGUGCCCCGGUGCGAGUUUGGGCUCUGUACGCUCGGCGGCACACUGUACGCGAUGGGCGGUUGGAUCGGGGAGGACAUUGGCGGCUCGAUUGAGUGUUACGAUCCGAUGAAAAAUGCGUGGCGAAUGGUAGGCGAUCUGCCGGAACCCAAGUUCAGUAUGGGCGUCGUAAGCUUCGAAGGCUUGAUAUACAUUGUCGGUGGCUGCAAUACUCACUCAAGAUAUCUAACCGAUCUGAUCAGCUACAAUCCCGUUACGCAUGAAUGGACGAAGCUCGCCCGAAUGCAAACGGCUCGCUGCCAGAUGGGGGUAGCCAUUCUCGACCGUCAUCUGUAUGUGGUCGGUGGCAACAGCAGCCAGCAGGAAGUGCUACGCACAGUCGAACGCUACAGCUUCGACGAGGACAAGUGGUCGAUGGUUUCGCCGAUGACGGUACGCCGGUCCAGUCCAGCCGUAGCAGCGGCCGACGGUCUACUGUACGUGGCUGGCGGUGAUCAGCCCUGCGAGAUCAACUUUUACCGGGCGCAAAUUACAAUCGCUUCAUUCGAGUGCUACAAUCCCAUCACGGACCAGUGGAAGGUGUGCCCGGAUCUACCGACCAGUCGAUCUGAGGCGGGUGCGGUAGUCGUCUAAAAAAAAGGCACAAAAA